UUGUUUGCUUCACUUUUCCUGUCAUAUGGGUGUAGCCUCUCUAUCAGACAGUGUUCAACACAAUCGUCUUCCUGUCACUGGAAAUGGAUCUGUUCCUGUUUCUUCUUCUCCUUCUGAUGGGAAGAAAUGGAUUGUGUCAACAAGAGGAAGUCUGCUCGAAGUCUGUGAUCAACUCCUGUGGGGACUGCAUCAGAUCAGGGAAAUAUUGCAUGUGGUGCAAACAGCUGAAUUUCACCAAAGCAGGUGAGCAGGAUGCAGUACGCUGUGACACUCAAACUCAGCUGAUAAGGAGAGGCUGCAAGAGGGAAGAAAUCAUCUCCCCAGAGAACAAUCUAAAAAUUGUCCAGGGAGAUUCUCUGUCCACGCUGUCCAACCAACCGGAGCCUGUCCAGCUGAGUCCACAGAAGAUUAGUCUGAGACAGCGAUCUGGGCAUUCUACCACAUUCAGUGUUUCCUUCAAAAGAGCUGAGGGAUAUCCAGUCGAUCUCUACUAUCUGAUGGACCUGUCUUACUCCAUGAAAGAUGACUUGAAAAAUGUCAAAGAACUGGGAAAAGAUCUUUUUGCAGCUUUGAAUACAAUCACAAAAUAUGCUCAAAUCGGGUUUGGUGCCUUUGUUGAUAAGACCGUCCUUCCUUACACUAACAUCAACAAGGAGAAACUGUUGAAGCCAUGUGAUGAGAAUGACCAGCACUGCCAGGCUGCCUUUGGCUACAGACAUGUGCUUAAUAUGACACCGAGCGAAGAUGAGUUCAAAAACAAAGUGACAGAGCAGUCCAUUUCUGGGAACCUGGACUCUCCAGAAGGUAGUCUUGAUGCAAUGAUGCAGGCUGCCGUAUGUGGGGACAAAAUAGGUUGGAGAAACAGCAGCACUCGGCUGAUUGUGCUGACCACUGAUGCUGGAUUCCACAUGGCCGGGGAUGGGAAAUUAGCUGGCAUACUGGAACCUAAUGAUAAACAGUGUUACAUGGAAAACAACCUUUACAGCAAGAGCAGUGAGAUGGACUACCCAUCUGUUGGACAACUAGCUAUGCAGUUGGAGAAAAACAAUAUUCAGCCAAUAUUUGCAGUGACAAAAGAAGUGGAAAAUGUGUACAAGCAACUUUCUAAAAUGAUUCCAAAGUCUGAGGUGGGAGUUCUGUCAUCUGAUUCGAAAAAUGUUGUUCAAUUGAUUAAGAGCGCCUACAAUAGGCUGUCCUCCAAAGUAACUCUGACCCAUGAUAAUCUGCCUGCUAAUGUACGAGUGGUCUACACCCCUAAGUGCGAUCAUGCAGGACCACCAGGGGACAGUGAAGGGGUUUGUGACAAUGUACGAGUGGGACAGGAGAUUUCAUUUGAUGUCACAGUGACAGCAACCUCAUGCAUGGAGGACAAGUCUUUCACUAUAAGACCACUGGGCAUUAAAGACACAUUGACAGUGACUUUAUCUACAAAUUGUGAGUGUCAAUGUGUAGAUCCACAGAACAGUAGCCAUCCACACUGCACUGGCAAGGGACAAGUCAGCUGUGGUAUAUGCAGCUGCAGUGAAGGCUCCAUCGGUCAGUUCUGCGAGUGCUCCAUUGGCGCUAAAGAUGAACGUACCCUGCGAGCAUCCUGUCAGAGGCAGAAUGGCACCGAGUGUGAGGGUCGAGGAGACUGCGUCUGUGGCAGGUGCAAGUGCCACACCACAGAGAGUGGAAGCAGUUACCAUGGUGACUUCUGCGAAUGUGACGAUGAACACUGUGAAAAGUUCCUGAAUAAACUUUGUGGAGGGAAGGGUAAGUGCAACUGUGGAAAAUGUGAAUGCGAUGGAGGCUAUGAGGGCUCAGCCUGUCAGUGUCGGGUGUCUGAGGAGGGCUGUCGUACCCUGAACAACACCGUGUGCUACGGCAGAGGGACCUGCAAGUGUAACCGCUGUGAGUGUAGAGAAGGAUACCAGAAUCCACGAUGCCAGACAUGCCUGGGCUGCACUGACCCUUGCCAGACCAAACUGAACUGCAUUGAAUGCCUUGGCUUUGAGUCAGGUCCCUUUAAAAAAAACUGCACUGUGGCUUGCAGCAAGAGUAUUUAUCAUGAGAUGGUAGAUCAGUCCACCAUACAAAGCAGGAAGUGCCAGCAAAAGGACUCGGACGGCUGCUGGAUCAAAUUUAAUCUGGACCAGUUGGUCGGAGAGGAUAACUACAAAGCUGAAAUUCUGAAACAGAGAGACUGUCCAGAACCACCAAGCGUCACAGCAAUCAUCGGAGGCUCCAUUGCGUCUGUGGCUCUAAUUGGCAUCUUGUUGCUGAUGCUGAUCAAACUACUUAUCUACAUGAAGGACCUGAAAGAGUUCAGGAAAUUUGAAAAUGAAAAGAAAAAAUCCAAGUGGGCAGAGGCUGACAACCCACUUUUCCAGAAUGCCACCACCACUGUGACCAACCCAACCUUCACUGGAGAAUAAUGACUAUUGCUGAACUGCUGUCAUUUGUUUAUUUACUUUUCCCCCCAAAAAAUGCUUUUUUUUGCUCAUUGCUUAUUACGUGUGAAAUAUUGUAAUGUAUCUUGCUCCUAAUGUAUACAGUAGAAGAGUAGGACAGAGAAUAGGCAGAAUGUAAUGAUGUGUGAUGUGUCUAGUUUUUACUUAUGCAAAAAAGCUUGCGCACAGCUUCCGCAGAGCUGCAUAGAUGGUCUGUUGAACAGGGUACCCGGAGUAGAAAUCAGGCAUUACAUACAUACAGUGGAUCCAUCAUUAUUUUUAGUGGGCAGUAGCUCAGUCACAGGGACUUGGUUUGGCAACUGCCUUGGUACUCUUGAGCAAGGCACUGUAUUGUCGCUGUCCACUCCACCUAAUGUUAGGAUACGUUUAAUUUCACUGCGUGCUGUGUUGUGUGCAAUACAUUGUGUGACAAUAAAAGUUUAUUUACAUUUAUAGUUGAAA